CAAUCAAGACCCUAGAGAGCAAGGCGCUGGCUGUUUCCCACCCUGCCCCCCUCUGUGAAAGGGAAGCAUCCCGUCAAAGUGGAAGGGAGGCUGAGCAAGGGAAGUUGCUUGGAAUGGGAGAGGAUAAGCUAUUCUCCACGCUUUUAUGAGAAAGUCUGGUGCAAGACACAACAAGUGCAUUCCUGCCUGGCUGCUGCCAAGCUCCCUGGGAACGGGCUGUGGCUGGGCUUGGCCCGAUCCUUUGUCCACAUGGGUCCCAAUUUCAGACGGAGGCAGGGAAUUGCCUCCAGCUAGGGGAUCCUUUGGCCACCAGGCCAUGACCUUUCAUCCCAGCCAGAGGAUAGGCAAGCUGAGAGGCUGACCUUGCUUCGUAUGCCAUUAAGGGGCAAUGAGGUUAUUUCUGAACAGGAAGAGAUUUGAGCAGAGAAUGGGCACAAUCCCGCCUGCCUAUACUACCUAGAGGGCCCCCUCAUCAGAACUUUGGUAACUGGCAGAGCCGUGAGGGUGUGACGCUUGCCUGUUGCUUUCCCAGGAUGCUGUGAAAAGCCACAGAAUGAUCAGGUUUUAGAUUGGUCAGUGACUAGCUUUGCCCCACCCCCACCCCUGAGUUUGAGUCCAGAAGACAAUCAUCUGGUUAGGCUUGACUGAGAGUGGAUCAAGACCUUGCCUUUCAGCCCUCUAAGAGAGGAUCUUCCACCCUUCCCAGAGAGGCAGCUCUGGGCCUUUGCCUGCAGUGGGGCAGGCGCUGUGUGCUGUGGAGCAGAAAGAAUAGGCUCUGACAUUCCCGUAGCUUAGAGACCGUUAGUCCCUUUCAGAGUCCCAGCUCCAUUUGAAUAAAAAUCAGUCUCCAGCCCUGCUUGCCCACACUGGGAGGGGGGUUGGGAAGAGCUGGGUUAUUUUUACCCAUCGCCAGUUAAGUUCGCACGGCCGGAGUUCUCACGCUGCCCGGACAACGGGGACUUGGGAUGGUUCGACAGGACGAGAAGAGAGUUCCUUGUUGUGUGUAGUCGAGGGAGGACAUUUACUCUACCCGGCUCUCCUCUCAACCUCUGUGUCCCAACUUGAAGCAGCAAAUGAAACAGCACUGAAGAGGGCCAGCAUAGCCCCAGCCUUGAAAGAUGAACCUGUCUACAUUGCCAAUGGCACUCCUGCUCAAUUUGCUUCUUUGGGUUCAGACAGCUGAUGCUCAGGGCCCAGAAGAGCCUGACCUGCUGUACCAUGGCUGCUCAGAGGGGAGCUGCUACCCAGCCACCGGGAAUCUGCUCAUUGGGAGGACCCAGAGCCUGAGGGCUACAUCUACGUGUGGCCUGGAAGGGCCUCAGGAGUACUGCAUUGUCAGCCAUCUGCAGGACUCUGAGAAAUGCUUCACUUGCGACUCGCGCUCCCCAUCCCUGCGUGAGAGCCACCUCAUUGAGAAUGUCCUCUACUUGGGCGGGCAGGACGGCGAACAGACAUGGUGGCAGUCUGAAAAUGGUGUGGAACAGGUCAGCAUUCGCCUGGAUCUAGAAGCUGAAUUCCACUUUACUCACCUCAUCAUGAAGUUUAAGACAUUCCGCCCAGCAGCCAUGCUGAUUGAACGUUCGUCAGAUUUUGGGCACAGCUGGAAGGUUUAUCGCUACUUUGCCUUCAACUGCUCCAAGCUUUUCCCUGGCAUCCCUACCCACGUGCCAACACAUGUCAACCAGGCAGUGUGUGACCAGCGAUACUCCGAGAUUGAGCCCUCCAGCCAUGGCGAGGUGAUUUUCAAAGUGCUAGACCCAGCGGUGAAAGUAGAGGACCCAUACAGCCGGGAAAUCCAAGACGUGUUACGUGUCACCAACCUGCGGGUGAACUUCACAAAGCUGCACACUCUGGGUGACAACCUGCUGGACUCGCGACAUCAGGUGCUGCAGAAGUACUACUAUGCCGUGUACGAGAUGGUGCUGCGUGGGAGCUGCUUCUGCUACGGGCAUGCCUCUGAGUGUGCCCCCCUGGCCGGAGUGCCAAUCAGAAUCGAGGGCAUGAUCCAUGGACGGUGCAUGUGCAAGCACCACACCAAGGGCCUCAACUGUGAGCUCUGCAAGGACUUCUACCAGGAGUUGCCAUGGAGACCGGCUGAGGCCCAUCAUCCACAUGCCUGCAAAGAGUGCAACUGCAACGAGCACUCGCAGAGGUGCCACUUCGACAUGGCAGUGUACCUGGCCACGGGCAACACCAGUGGAGGGGUCUGCGACGAGUGUCAACACAACACGAUGGGCCGCCACUGCCAGCUCUGCAAGCCCUUCUACUACCGCAACCCACUGGCUGACAUCCGUGCCAGCACUGCUUGCAUCCCCUGUGACUGUGACCCAGUGGGCUCUUUGGAUGGUGGUGUGUGUGACAGUCAUACAGAUGCAACACUGGGCAUGAUCGCUGGGCAGUGCCGCUGCAAGGAGAAUGUCAAGGGUGUGCGUUGUGACAGCUGCAAAGAGGCCUUCUAUGGACUGAGCCGCAAUGACCCUCUGGGGUGCCAGCCCUGCAGGUGUGACCCUCGUGGGAUCAUUGCAGGUAGCAGCCCCUGUGACCACAUCAGUGGUGACUGCUACUGCAAGCGUUUCGUUACUGGGCGAUACUGCAACCAGUGUUUGCCUGAAUAUUGGGGGCUGAGCUAUGACAUGACUGGCUGCCGAAGCUGUGCUUGUGAUUUUGGAGGAGCCUACAGCAACAGGUGCUCCAUGGAUGAUGGGCAAUGCCCCUGCCAGCCCCACCUCAUGGGACGCCAAUGCAAUGAUGUGCAGCCUGGGUUCUUCUGUAUACCCCUGGACUACUACAUGUAUGAAGCAGAGCAUGCUACGGGUCUUGCCCCAACGCAUCCGGGUCUGCCGGGUGCCUUGAGGCCUGAGGCUCCUGUUGACUGUGUGGAAUAUUAUAAUGGGGUCCAGAAUGGCCGCAAAGUGAGGCUGAGGCGCCAACACAGCACAAUCAGACUCUUACAGCAGCGAGCAGCGCUCAGACGAGCCCGGCAGCUUCAGCAAAAGCCAGAUGUGGAGGUUGUGCAGCGGGAGCACACAGGUCACAUGAUUACAUGGACGGGCCCAGGCUUUGCCCGCGUACGGGAUGGGGCUGGCUUAUCCUUCCACAUUGACAACAUUCCCUACCCCAUGGAAUAUGAUAUCUUGUUGCGCUAUGAGCCUGAGUCUACAGAGGACUGGGAAGCUGUCGUCAGUGUCAGCUCACAGGCUUUACCAAUGAGCCCACGCUGUGGCAAUGUGCUACCCUCAGAGCAGAUGUACCGGGAGAGCCUGCCGCAUAGUUCCAGGUAUGUGCUCCUGCCACGGCCUUUCUGCUUUGAGCCCAGGAACCAGUAUGAGAUCACUGUGCGGUUCCAGCGGGCAGGUGUGACCCAGCGCCACCCUGCAGCCUUCAUCCUUGUUGACUCGCUGGUUCUUUUGCCACGUGUGACAGAGCUGCCUGGUCUCCAUGGUAAUGAUCCAGCGGCAGUGGAGCGCCAGGAAGAGCUGGAGCGCUACACAUGCCUGGAGGCAUUCCGCAUGGCCACCAUGCCCGACCUCGCUGAGACCUGUGCCAGCCUGCUGUGCAGCAUCUCUGCCCUGAUGCAUGAAGGGGCUCUGCCUUGCCAGUGUGACCCCCAAGGUUCCAUCAGCAGCGUCUGCCAUAAACUGGGAGGGCAGUGUCAGUGUAAACCUAAUGUGAUGGGUCGGCGCUGUGACCAGUGUGUUCCAGGAACCUAUGGAUUUGGACCAUAUGGCUGUAGUCCAUGUGCCUGUUCCCCCGAGGGCUCCGUCUCCAGGAUCUGCGAGCCAGUUAGUGGGCAGUGCCGGUGCCAGCAUGGCUCUGUGGGACGCCAGUGUGACCAAUGUCCACCAGGCCAGUGGGGCUUCCCAAACUGCCAGCCUUGUCACUGCAAUGGGCACUCGGAGGAAUGUGACUUGCACACAGGAGUCUGCCAGCAGUGCCGUGAUUACACAGCUGGCCGCCACUGCGAGAGGUGCUUGGAUGGUUACUAUGGAAAUCCUGUUCUAGGCUCAGGGCAACAGUGUCGGCCCUGCCCAUGUCCUGGGUAUCCGGGGUCUCGGCAUUAUCAUGGCCUUUCCUGUCAUGCUGAUAGGGAGACCAACCAAAUUAUUUGCCUGUGUGCUCCAGGCUAUACAGGGCCACGCUGUGACUGCUGCUCACCUGGCUAUUUUGGAACCCCUGAGCAGGAAGGUGGCGCCUGCCGCCCCUGUCAGUGCAACAACAACAUUGACACCAGUGACCCCGAGGCCUGUGACCCACAUAGCGGUCAAUGCCUGCGCUGCCUCUACAAUACUGGGGGACCCCACUGUGCUGAAUGCCAGCCUGGUUACUAUGGCAACGCCCUCCAGCGUAAUUGCCGACGCUGUACCUGUAAUGAGCAGGGCACUCUGCUCUCACUCUGCUCCAAAGGCAUCUGCUACUGUGAUCGAACGACAGGCAAUUGCCCCUGCCGUGCCAAUGUGGUAGACAAGAACUGUGACAAAUGUGCCCCCAACUUCUGGGGCUUUGGCAGUGAUUUGGGGUGUCAGCCAUGUGGUUGUGAUCCUGCCCACUCAUUACGGCCAGACUGCAACAUGUUCACAGGGCAAUGCCACUGCCAGCCAGGCUUUGGAGGACAAGUUUGCUCUCACUGCCAAGAAGAUCACUGGGGAGACCCGGAACGGGAAUGCCUAGCUUGUGAGUGUGACCCAAGAGGGUCGGAGAGCCUGCAGUGUGACCGCCUCACUGGAGACUGUCGGUGCCAGGCUGGCUUCAUGGGGAGACGCUGCGACCAGUGCCAGCGUGGCUUCCGGCAGAACUUUCCCCGCUGCUCUCCCUGCCACCCUUGCUUCGGCCAGUGGGACGUGGUGCUGGGGCAGCUCUGGGAACAGCUGCAGCAACUGCAGGACACCGUACGGGCCUUGAAGGAAGUUGGCCCCAUAACUGAUCCCAUCAACAGCCGCAUGCGCAAGAUCGAGAGCAAACUCGAUGAUCUAGAGCAGCAGCUUGGGGAUGGUAGUAGUCCAAGCAUCCCUCUGCUGCACCAACUUAACACAGUCCUCGAGCAAAUCAGGGCAGAGAUGGAUGACCUGUGGAAACAACUGCAGGCCACUGAUUCACAUCUGGAUGGCACUGAGAAAGAUGCUGAAGGACAGAGGGCCCGCUUGAAUGUGCUGAGUCGAGAGCUAUUGGCGCUAAACUACACUGUCAACAACCUAAGCAGCAAGUUGGAGGGGAUAACAAAUGGCAGCUUCAGUGAGUUAUUCCUGAGCAUUCUGGGGUCCUUCCAGCAGUCAGAGCAGACCCAGCAGCGAGCAGAUGCCUCUGUUCAAGGGCCGCAAAGUCCGGUGGGCCAGUCCAAGCACACCCGUAAGACCACGGUGGAAUUGCUGACACGCAAGGGAGACGCCUUUCUUAAUAGUGCAGCAGCUCACCAAAAAUCACUGCGUGACCUCCAGAGAAAGGUCAACAGCCUCAGCCUUAGCAGGAUCAGCCAGAAAAUUUGUGGUGCUUCUGGAGGUGAGGACUGCCAGCAAUCCCCCUGCGGAGGGGCCUCCUGUAAGGACAGCCUGGGCCAACGGCACUGUGGAGGCCCUGGCUGCACUGGAGCACUGCCUGUGUCCAUGAGAGCACUGCAUACAGCCCAGAACAUCUCCCGCCAGUUGGAGGCCACAGCCACGCAGCUGGGCAUCCUUGCUGUCAAGGUACAGGAAAUCCAGGACCUGGCACAGGGUGCCCGGAGCCUUGCCCAGGAGACCCUGGGCCGUGCUCAAGGAGCCCGGAGCCGCAUGGAGAAUUCAACAGCCAUGCUGAGGGAAUUCAUCCAGAAGAUAAAGGACUUCCUAGCAGAGGAAGGUGCUGACCCCGAGAGCAUUGAGCUUGUGGCCCAGCAAGUACUGACCAUCUCUCUGCCCAGCAGCCCUAGUCAGAUCAGCAGCCUGCUUCAGGAGAUCUGGGACAGAAUUGGCCAACUGGAUGGAGUGGAUGAUGUUCUGAACAGCACGGUGCACAACCUGACUCGUGCCAGGGAACUACUGGCAAAAGCAGAACAGGCGAAAGAGCGAGCACAAGGUGUACAGGGAACCAUUGCAGACACAGUUGCAGCGUUACGUGUUGCAAAGGACAAAGUGAGGGCUGCUGAGAAAGCAAUGAAGAGCUCUAAAGAGGCCAUCCGGAAUGUGGAAAGCAAAGUCAGACAGGCUGAUCGUCGGCUCCAGGCACUAGUUGACAAGGAAUCGCAACUGGAAAGUCGUCUUGGAGAGCUGGCACGGGAGGUGGCCAAUUUACGAGAAAAGUCUCAGGCCAAUCAGCAACUGGCCCAGAAGGCCAAGGGGAAAGCAGAGCGUGCUACUGCCACUGCAGGAGAGCUGCAAAAUGAGAUGCAGAAAGUGGUGCAGAGAUACCAGAAGCUGCAGGAGGAAUUGGAAAAGCAGCCUGAUGAUGUACUGCUCAAGCUGAGAAACCUGAGGACUGAAGCUGAGAAUCUCCUAGUCAAGGCCAAUAGCAGCAAGAGAAAAUUAGAAGAAUUGGAGGGGCUCUUUGAGACCAACGAGGAGGAAAUGAAAAAAAAAGCAGUGCAUCUGCAACAACUGGAGAAGCAGGUGAUGGAACUACUGCAAUAUAUCCGGGAUAAAGCCACUGCCUAUGCCAUCUGCUAGGGCCAAGAUUUCGCUCAACAGCCCCCUUGGACCUGAUUCCUGCCAGCUCUUGAUCCACCAUGGGGAGAUCCUUCCAUACAUAUUAGUGACUGGCUCCUGGCUCCUCAGGCUCUGGCUCUAGUUCCAUGGCUGUAAUGUAACCGGCCAUUUUGUCCUCAACUGCAUGGUACCAGCUAGGUCUACUUGAGGCCAGGCAUAUCAGGGGGAUUCUAAUGCCAACAUCCCAUAGACACCCAGUUAUUUUGUGCCUAGUUCAUGUUUUGCCUCCGGUCUCUGGAAAAAUGAGAGAGGCAUAUCCUAAGAGUAUGUGCCAGAGAGAUGUCAACCCUAGCUUCAUUCACGGAAUAAUUCCCCUCUGGACAGCUUCUUCCUGCCUUUUGCUGUUGUCAUGGAAACGAAGCACUUCCUGAGACACCCAGGGCCUUCAGCCUCUGACCUCCAGCUUCAAAAGGGCUGAGUGGAUGCCAUGGAAACAGCAUUCCACCAGCUGCUCAAGGGUACUGACAAGUUGCCUAUGACUUUCAGUUGCCUUCUGCCUUGUCUCUUUAACCCCUGGAAAGGAGGGUGUUGCUUCUCUUCAGGGCCUGACCACCAUAGCCAAUGGCUGGCAAAUAGAUGAAGGUACACCCUUCACCCCCACUCCAAGCCAAAAAAGGAGAAGAAGAAGAAGUAGUGAAUGAGGUUCUAGUCAAAAGUCAUGACACUCAGCUUCUCCUCAACCCCCACCCCCACCCAAAAAGGUACUUAUUGAUGUAUCCAAGAUGUGGAAGCUCCUCCUAUCCCACUUUUCUUCUCCCUCCUAUUCCCCAGAGCAGUCAGUGGACAAGGUAGCAGAAGGAAGAACAGAGAGGAAAGGAUCUAGGGAUGUGCAAAUUGAUUUGGGUACAAAUUGAUUUUAGCUGAUUCGGGUGACUUGGAGACAAAACAAAUCACCCCUGUGGUCCUAGAUUGGCUAGAUUUGGAUCCAAAUCGAAUCAUGACUGAUUCGAUUCAAAUCGAUUUGAGAUUUGGACCCCUCCUAUUUAUUUCCCCAGAUUCACAGCUUUCAUUUGGGGGCGGGGGGAAGCUACACUCUAGCCUUUGUAGAAGUGGAGUUAUGGAGCAAAAUGUGUGGUCAGUAUUUUUCAAGUGUUUGGAUUUUUUGGUGUAUAAUAACUUUCCCUCAGUGAAUCCCUAUGAGGAUUUAUUAUACACCUUCAUUUCUUCUAUUCAUUUUGACUGUCUUUUGGAUAGUGAAACAUAGGAAGCUGCCAUAUACUGAGUCAGACCAUUGGUCUAUCUAGUUCAAUAUUGACUUCACAGACUGGCAGCGGCUUCUCCAAGGUUGCUGACAGGAACUUCUCUCAGCCUCCCUGAUCUUGGAGAUACCAGGGAGGGAACUUGGAACCUUCUGAUGCUCUUCCCAGAGUGGCUCCAUCCCCUGAGGGGAAUAUCUUACAGUGCUCACACUUCUAGUCUCCCAUUCAUUUGUAACCAGGGAGGACCCUGAUUAGCUAAGGGGACAAGUCAUGCUGGCUGCCACAAGACCAGCUCUCCUCCCAUGACAGUGCCAACUGCCAUGUGCCAACUACACCCUCCUCCCACCCGCAAGGCAGUGGGGUACUACUCAGUUUAUGUUCUAGGGAUUUCCCCCCAAGUGCUUAGGCUCUUUGGUGUCUAAUAACCUUUCCUCAUAAUGAAUCUCUAUGAGGAUUUAUUACACACCAAAGAGUCUAAACACCUCAAAAAUUCCUAAAAUAUAAACUGAGUACCCAGUGGCUUGUGGGUUAUGGGGUAGUGGGAUGCCACUAAUUCCCCAUCCCCACCUGCAAAGUAGUGGGGUCAAAUGAACAGAAGAAAUGAAGGUGUGUAAUGAAGACACAAAAUAAUCUAAACACUUCAAAAACACCUAAAAAAUAAAUUGAGUACCCCAGUGUGUGAGGGUGGGUGGGGUGGGGAGUGUAGUUGACACAUGGCAGUUGACAUUUGGCACUGUCCAGUGACAGUCAAAAUGAACAGAAGAAACAAAGGUAUAUAAUGGAUCUUCAUGGGGAUUUAUUAUGAAGAAAAGUUAUUAGACACCAAAGAAUCUAAACAUUUCAAUAUUCCUAAAAAUUAAAAUGAGUAGGUGUAGUAGGCACAUGGCAGUUGACAGUUGGUACUGUCCAGUGGCAGUCAAUAUGAACAGAAGAAAUGAAGGUGUACAAUGAAUCCUCAUAGGGAUUCAUUAUGAGGAAAGGUUAUUAUACACCAAAGAAUCUGAACACUUGAAAAAUGACUGCAUAUUUUGCUCCAUAACUCCACUUCUACAAGAGCUGGAGCUUAGCUCUUUUUUUAAAAAAAUGAAAGCUGGAGAUCCGUGUUAGGGUUAGGAUAUGUCGAUGUCGAAUCCCCAUUAUUUCCUGUGGCAGAAAUUUCAAAAUCAGUAAAAACUUUAAAAUUCAUUAAAAAUCAACCAAGUGUCUCACUGCCUUGAAAUUUGGGUGGUAGAUGACACCCAUGGGGACCUACCUACUACCCAAAUUUGGUGCCCCUGUGACCUUGUUAAGUGGUCAGAAUCGAUCCAAAUCGAGUCAAAGCAAAUACAAAUCGAAUCUGGGGUGAUUUGUUUGGGGCCCAAAUCGAAUUUAAAAAAAAUUGAUUUGUGCACAUCCCUAAAGGGAUCCAUGGAUGGAGCUGUGGUGGCCUUCCCUCACUGCCUUAGGAUGCUGGUGAUAGCUAUAGGCACAGAUGGCUUGAAAAACAAAAGGAUGAGGAAAAUUCAACAUGCCUGUCAAUGUCUAUUGCUCAUAUUGGCUUAGAAUGGAACCACUAUGUGUAGAGGCUUUUCUCAUCAUCAGAUGCUAGAGACAAUGAGCAGCAUCCAAGUUAGUGCUGCCCCUGCAUAAGAACACUGCCUGUGCACAAUUUUUCCUGAUCUUCCACUCCCUCUGCUGCCUGCAGCUUUCAGGGGUUGCCUUAAAAGACUAUUAAGGGCAGCAGAAGGAAAUAGAGUGGGACCAGGCCUAACCUGUUCUUUUAAUUUUAAUGGGACUGCUUUGGUAAUGUUCCUCAUAACAUCAGCUUCUAAGACUAAUAGCCAUUGAUAAACUUUAUCUUAUCCAUGCAUUUGGUCCUCUUUUAAGCUGUCUGCACUGAUGAUUUUCUCCAUCAUGCUCUGUUAGUGAAUCUCCUAGAGGCAUGUGACUGGCCCCUGUUGGAGAAGAGAAUUGGGCUGCUUGGGUCCUUUGUCUCAUCCAGCAAGGCAGUCGGAGACAGCACAAGAUAUGUUGGCAUCCAAAGCAGAAAAUUUACGCCACUGCUUGUGACAAAAAUAUAACAAAUUAAAUAACUGACAAUUUGCUUUCCUUUCACAAGUCCCCAGUACCUGAAAUGGCUGGCUUACCUCAUUGAAUGGUAGGGCUGGCCCUGAUGGUAACGACUAGAAUCCAUAAUGCCUUUGCUUUAUCCUCUACACCAGCUUCAUCCUCUAUUUCACCUUCAUCCAUAGAAUAUUUCCUCUCUGCUUCUCCUCUUCCUCCUGCCUUGUUCACUGGCUUACUGUAGAAGGACUACAAACUGAUUGGCUUAUCAGAGCCAGCCCUCCACAUGGACCUCACAAAGCUCUUUAUCCCAACCUGGCAGAACUCCAUCAUACUUUCUCCCAUUUACAGGCAAUAUAAUUUCUUAGAGACAAACAAGUGCAUCUGUGCCCACGAACUGUACAUCUUGAGCAGACAGGAUUAUGUGCUGUGCAUCCUUCCCUUUCUACCUAGAUGUGCACCUCUUAUCCCACUGGCCCAGUGGGUGUGUGGACAGUGCUACUGCACUAAGGGGAAGAUGGUGAUGCCCACUCCCAAUCAUUCCCUCCUGACUGAUGUCUCUCAGGGUGGAAUCUGUAGUAUUCCUUCUUUGUAGCAAUAAAGCCUUUGACCCUCUUCA